AUGUCUAAGUUUGCUGGAAAAGACGCGUUUCAUUUGCGUGUGAGGGUUCAUCCUUUUCAUGUGUUGAGGAUCAAUAAGAUGCUGUCAUGCGCUGGGGCGGAUAGGUUGCAGACGGGGAUGAGAGGCGCGUUUGGGAAGCCGUUGUGGACGUGUGCUAGGGUGAGUAUUGGGCAGGUGCUGUUGUCUGUUAGGUGUAAGAGUGGGAAUGGGCAGCAUGCUCAAGAGGCGCUUUGUCGGGCUAAGUUUAAGUUCCCCGGUCGUCAGAAAAUUAUUGUUAGUAGAAAGUGGGGUUUUACUAAAUUGGAUCAAGAUGAGUACUUGAAGUUGAAAUCUGAGAAUAGAAUUGUGCCCGAUGGUGUAAAUGCAAAGGUUCUUGGGUGCCAUGGACCAUUGGCCAAUCGUCAGCCAGGAAGAGCUUUCUUGCCAAUGUCUUCUUAG